CUCGUCUUCGUCUUUAUCUGAAGUUUCGCCAACGAAAAGUGGGAGUGUAGCAACUGAAAUUCGCAACCGUAUUUAAUCCUAUUGUCUCUUUUCUACGCGACUAAAUUGUUUCCUUCAACUUAGCUUCUCCGAAUUUGGUUCAAUUGUUCAAUUUGUCAGGAGACCGCGGUAUUUCGUUCACUCGUUAGGAGGUUCUCGACAUUCUCGACCAGUCACUUUUCCGAAUCAGUUCCGAAUACACGUACAGAAUGUCGUCUCGCAAAACAGCCGGACGUCGUGCGACGACCAAGAAGCGUGCCCAGCGGGCAACCUCAAAUGUUUUCGCAAUGUUUGAUCAGGCGCAGAUCCAAGAGUUCAAAGAGGCAUUCAACAUGAUCGACCAGAACCGAGAUGGUUUUGUAGACAAAGAAGACUUACAUGACAUGCUUGCAUCACUUGGAAAAAGCCCGACAGACGAAUAUCUAGAAGCGAUGAUGAAUGAUGCCCCUGGUCCUAUCAACUUCACCAUGUUCUUAACACUGUUCGGAGAGCGACUUCAAGGUACUGACCCUGAAGACGUCAUCAAAAAUGCCUUCGGCUGCUUUGAUGAUGACAACAGCGGAUACAUCAACGAAGAACGCCUUCGAGAGUUGCUCACAUCAAUGGGUGACAGGUUCUCAGAUGAGGAUGUCGAUGAAAUGUACCGCGAAGCCCCGAUCAAGAACGGCAUGUUCGACUACAUCGAAUUCACCCGUAUCCUCAAACAUGGUGCCAAAGAAAAAGAUGAAGAGUGAAAAAUCGCUCUGAUCCUACGCUAAUGUCAUCCAUCCGUCACUAAUUUCUGGCCAGCAGCAUUUAUUUAUUCCUUCAUUCCGUUUCUCUCACUUACAUGAAGUCUUCCGUCAACCCUUAUCGUUACUAAUCAUCAGAGGGCUCCUAAUUUAACCUCAGCACUGUUCCAUGGAAAAUAUUUUAAUUAUCUCUCUGUAUCAUUUGGAACAGUCCAGACUUAUAGGCACUGCUGAAAGUAAGAGUAAUCACUUGGUAGUUGCACACCAUUUUGCAAAAAGGAACUACUAUUUCUGGUUUAUUUGAGAAACAUCAUAUAUACUACUAGAUUAUGCAUAGAGACAAGUGCCUCUAAAUGUUUAAGCCGAAAAUAUUAGUUCCUUACUGCUAAAUGUUAUUCAGUCGAUCUUGCAUCUCUUACUCUAGUUUAUCCCUUUUGAUCAUCGUAAUGUUUUUCCUCUUGAACGCAUUUCACUCCUUUACAUUGUGGUGUUGUCUCAAAAAGUCUGCACCAUAGAUCUUCAACCAAUAAUUUUUUUCUCAGUAUGUCUCCUAUGAUGUAUAAUUUUAUCAGUUUCCCGCAGAAGAGUUUAAGUCCAUGAAUUUAUUUUAAAUUUGCUCACAAUAUUUUAUUAAAUUACCUGUGAACCGAUCGAUGAAUAUUUUUGAAAAAUACUAGUGAUUUUUUUCCGAUGCUAUUUUUAACAAUCACAGGGAUUUUCAUCCUUAUUUGUCAUUCAGACCAUAGUUAAUUGAAGAAAAUGUUGCUUGCGACUAUUAAAUUUUUCAAAAAAAAUUUUAUAUUCCAUUACAUUUUAAUUAAUUUUCAAUCAAAUUAAAUUUUGAUUAUUUUUUUUAUUUCAAUUGAAUCUCAGUUGUGUUUUUAUUCUUAGUGAAUUUAAGUACCUACAUUAAUUUAUUCAAAACAGACUUAAACUCUUCGAGGAAAAACACCCUGAUUGUAUAGGUUCGUAAGUGUGAUAUUUUUUUAUGCUAUUUUUCUUACUGUUUGUCCAAAAAGCAGCUCAUUUGAAAGGAGGUUUUCAAAUAGUAACCACCAAAUGAUGAGUGUGGAAGCAUCCGAAAUUAGCAAUCAGUCUUGUUCUGAUUUCUGCUCCUCGAAGAAUGGAAAUCAGGUGUACCAAAAGCUCUAUCUUAAUUUAUUUUCAUUCCACUUAGCAGAGCUAAGCUGCUGAACUCAACCUCGUAUUCAUCAACCAUACUCAAAUUUCAUCCUCUAAAAUUGUAUUAUCUUGUUAAGUUAAACUUUUAUAUUUUUUUAAUUUUAUUUAUUGGUCACAUCAUGUUAUCUCUUGUAUGUGUUUAUUUUCCCUGUGAGCAUUUAUCAACUUAUUUAUCGCUCAUGAAUAAAAAAAAAGGAAAGAAAAA